AUGAGUCCGUGUCCAGUACGCGUUCCUUAUGAAACCCUUCUGCAAAACUUAGAUUUUGGUACUCUGGAAUCCAUAUGGAAUGCAAAAACAUUACAGCAUCAGCUCACUAGCGGUUGCUAUAAAUGGAAUAGAUGUUAAGUAUCCCCAAACAGGUGUUUAACCGUCUGCAAUAGGUUUCAUGCGCUCAGAAAAUGACAAUUUCAACUUCUUCUCGUGUCCACCGUGGUAUCCGUAUGAUCCAGCGCCGCGAAGCUAGCGCGAGUCAGACCCUGCGGAAACCAGGAGCGAAUCCGUGCGAAAUCCCCAUCCGAAAGGGCUGGCCGUGUACUCUGCUACUCUGCUGCUCGUUCCUUCGCGCGUCGCUUGCCUCGGCUUGCCUCGGGCUGCCUCGGCUGCCAGCAAAGUCGAGCAAAGUGCCGACGAUCCGACGAUGAUCGACAGUUUUCUCUCGGGCCAUCCUUGCCAUCACGAGCGCGCUCUGCCCUCACCACCCGCCCUCAACCUCCGUAGCAUGGCCCCUCUCUCGUCAAAGCAAGCGCAUCCCAUCAUCAAUGCCACCCCUCGAGCAGCCCAUCCGAUCCAACACCUGCUCCAAGCCGGUCGGCUCAUCAAGCAAGGCGCCGAAGCGGUCAGUCACGGUCGCUAGUCCGUGAAGCUUCCUUCAUCCACCGCUGAUCAAACUCGAUCACACCCACACCCACAGAAAGUCUACAAGACCAUCCUCUUCCCCACACCAACCGUGACCCAACCCUUGUCCUCCUCAUCGGACUCGAUCACCGACCCAAAACUCUCGCACCUCGAACCAACCUCGGUCCUCCUCAAGCACCGCUUCCCCAAGCAGUACCGUCACCCGACCCUCGAUCUCCAGCUGACGCGGACACGUCUGACCGCCGAAGCGAGGUCGCUCGUACGCUGUCUCAAGGCCGGCGUCGUCGUGCCUGCGCUCAGGUUGGUCGAUACGAACCAGGGCGUGCUCGGCCUCGAAUGGAUCGAAGGUAAUAGCAUCAGGGAGGUGUUGGGCGGAUCAAAGGAGGAGGAUGAGAUUAUGCAAGAUGACGAGGAUGCAGAACACCACUCGAUCGAAGAGCUGUGGAGGCAGAGAGGUCUCGAUCAAGGCAAGUUGAUGCCAGGUGAAGAUUCUGAUCAUUUCCAGUCGCUGACGAAUAUCUCUAUCGCUCUUACAACCACAGCCCUUCUCUUGACCAUGAUCGGAGAGAGCCUCGCGGCAAUGCAUCUCGCCAACAUCAUCCACGGCGAUCUUACGACCUCCAACAUGAUGGUGCGCCAAGUCGAGCCCCUCGCCGAGAACGAUCCGUCUUACCAAGUCGUAAGUGCCGCCGCGGGCGUCCUCGGCUUAGACAUCGUUAGCGCGGCUCUGAUCAAACACGUCGGCUCUCUCUUUCAGGUCCUGAUCGACUUUGGCCUCUCCUCCGUGUCGCCCCUUCCCGAAGAUCGAGCCGUCGACCUCUACGUCGUCGAACGAGCUUUCGCCUCGACCCACCCCGUUCCCUUGCUCGAAUCAGGCCAAGAAGGCGAACCCCAUUUUACGCGCGUCUUGCAAGCCUACAUGGCCAGAAUGAAACAGGAUGGAAAGAAGGAUGAGGGUUCGAGGGUCGAGAAGAGGUUGGACGAGGUGAGGAUGCGAGGGAGGAAGAGAAGUAUGGUCGGUUGA